AUGGCUGAUGUUAUAAAUGAGUUAAAUGAUCCAAAUGAAGUUGUUAAUGUGUUUGGUACUAUGAUUAGUAAACUGGAUUUUGGUGAAAAAUUGUACUUACAUACUAGUGAUACUGUUGGUACACCAUUAAUUUCUUUUAAGCUAAAAGGCACAGAAAAUUACAGAGUUUGGGCAUGUGCUAUGGAAUUAGCUCUUGAAACGAAGAAUAAAAUGGGAUUUGUUACUUGUACUUGUGUGAAACCCACUGAUAAUGAUGUUCUUGCCAAACAGUGGGAUAAAUGCAAUUCUGUGUUUGAUGCUCUAGUGAAGCUUCCUACCUGCACCUGUAAUGCAGCUAGGGAAAUUCAAGAGCAUCAUCAACUUUUGAAACUUAUGCAAUUCCUCAUGGGACUUGAUGAUGUUUACUUAACUGCUAGAAGCAAUAUCCUUAUGAAGGAUCCUCUACCUACUGUCAAGGUUGCAUUUGCUAUUGUUUCGAGAGAGGAAUCUCACAGAAUUUCCAAUUCUUGGAGUAAUUCCUCCAAACCUUAUAAUAGUGCUUUUAUUUCAAAAACCUUUGAUAUUGGGAAGAAAAACCUUGGUAAUAGAAAUUUUCAUAGAAACGGUUUUGAGAACAACAAAACCUUUGAUAACAAUAGGAAUUUUGAAAGAAGGGGACCAAAUACCUCCAUUCAGUGUUUUGGAUGUCAUAGGUAUGGUCAUACCCUGGAAAAGUGUUUUGAAGUUGUUGGCUACCCUCCUGGUUAUGGCAGAAAUUCUUCUGCCAGAAAAUACUCUUCUCAAACCUCCUAUAAGUCUAAUAAUAAUGCUAUGUUUAAUGAUACCACUGCUGGUCCUAGUACUGUUCCCAGUUCUGGUGAUUUUGAUUUUGGUCCUACCAUGACCCUCACUUCUGACCAAUAUGCAAAAUUGAUGAAUCUCUUGAAUGAAAAAUCACCUUCAAAAAGUGUGCAGGCCAAUAUGGCAGGUACAUUCUUUAACUCUAAUUGUUACUUCAAUGCUAAUUUUGCUACCUUCAUUUGUGCAAAUGUGAACAAUAAAACCUUUGUGUUUAAAGAUGGAUGGAUUUGUGAUUCUGGUGCUAACUCUCAUAUGACUUGUCAAGAAGAACUUUUGUUCAAUGUUCAUGAUAUCUCUGGUUUUGGCCUAACUGUUGAACACCCUAAUGAAACCCAAGCUAGAAUAUUAAAGAUUGGUGAUCUUAGAAUUAGUGAAAGGGUUGUGUUGUUUGGUGUCCAACAGUUAUACCAAAAUACUGAUUUACAAACCAAGAAAGUGAUUGGGAGUGGUAGACAAAGUUGUGGUCUUUAUAUUUUUCAAAAUAUGCUUAAAGGUAAUAUGUUCAUUAGCAAUCAUGCUAAGAUUGAGUGUUAUUUGUCUGUUCAAUUAUGGCGUAAUAGAUUAGGUCAUCCUUCUGAAUCUGUUCUUGUUACUCUUAAGAACAAGUUAAACCUAAAUGACGACACUAUCAUCUCUCCUUGUGAGGUGUGCCAUAAGGCAAAACAAACCAGAAAUUCAUUCCCUUUAAGCAAACAUAAAACUCAUUCUCUUGGUGACUUAGUCCAUCUUGAUCUUUGGGGUCCUUACAAGGUCCAAACACCCAAUGAUGAAGGGAGAGUUCACACUCCUAAGAGUGAUGGCAGUGUUGGUGGUUCCUCUGGUGGUUCCCUUGGGACUGCUAGGAACACACAUGAUGAUUCCUUGGGUGGUUCAUUUGGGACUGCUAGGAAUACUCAUGAUCCCUUUGGAAGUACUGAAAUGUCUACCAGGGAUCAAAUACACACUGUAACACUUUCUGAUGAUACAUGUAAUGAUUCUGAGGAUAAUCUCAUAAAUGAAAUUAACAAUUCUGAUUCUGUUCAUGAGGGUGACAGUUCCACACACAUUGAUCUUAGGAGGUCAAAUAGAACUUUUAAGACUCCUAGAAAGUAUAAGGAUUUUGUUUUGGGAAAUAAGACUAAGCAUAGUAUCUCUAAUUUUGUUUGCUAUUCUAAGCUUAACUCUGAAAUUGCUUGUCUUGCUUCUAACUUGAAUAAAUUGUGUGAACCUCUCACUUAUGAGGAAGCCUAG